ACACCUCAGCCUCCCUCCUUUUAACUCCCUCCCUGGCGGCGGCACGCGGCCUGGCUUCCCUGCGGGCCACGCGCAGGCGCGCUCUCGCGGUCUCCGCGCCCCCGCCUCUUCCUCCUCCUCCUCAGCUCGAGCCUCUCGGAACUCUUUGGCUUAAUUGGCCCAGUCGGGAGCGCGCUGCCUCUCCGCGCGGCGGGUUUACUUUUUCUUCAGGCGGCGGCGGUGGAAGAGAAGAAGGGGGAGGAAGGAAGGCAGGAGAAGAAGCAGCUGGAGAAGAAGUCGCCGUCGAGGGAGGGAGGAAGAGGGGGUGGGCGCACAUGCCUCAGUGACCGGCCUUCGGAGAGGAGCUGCUCCCUCCCCCGCCUUCGCCGCCCGAAGGACUGACACGAAGCUGGAGAGCGCCCGCCCGCCUCCCUCCCUCCCUCCCUCUCUCUCUCCCACAGAACUUAAGAUGUCCACUGAAGGGCAAAGAGUUGAUGAUAGUCCAAGCACUAGUGGAGGCAGCUCUGAUGGAGAUCAGCGAGAAGGUGUUCAACAAGAUCAAGAAAGAGAACAGGUUCAGCCUAAGAAGAAGGAAGGCAAAAUCUCUAGCAAAACAGCUGCUAAACUUUCAACUAGUGCAAAAAGAAUUCAGAAAGAACUUGCAGAAAUUACAUUAGACCCUCCUCCAAACUGUAGUGCUGGACCCAAGGGAGACAACAUUUAUGAAUGGCGGUCAACUAUCCUUGGGCCUCCAGGUUCUGUAUAUGAGGGAGGAGUUUUUUUCCUUGAUAUUACCUUUUCGCCAGACUAUCCCUUUAAGCCACCUAAGGUUACAUUUCGAACAAGAAUUUAUCACUGUAAUAUUAACAGCCAAGGAGUGAUUUGUUUGGAUAUUUUAAAAGACAACUGGAGUCCAGCAUUAACCAUAUCUAAAGUUCUUCUUUCUAUUUGUUCACUUCUUACAGACUGCAACCCUGCAGAUUGUUCCAUUUUUUAGCACUCAAGAAGCUGACCCCCUGGUUGGAAGUAUUGCUACCCAGUAUAUGACAAACAGAGCAGAGCAUGACAGAAUGGCCAGACAGUGGACCAAGAGAUACGCUACAUAGGAAUCUGCCGUAGAACAUGCUGGACCUGUGCAAGCACAUUCACUAAGUGCAUCAAUAGCUCUCCCCUUUUUAUUUUUAUUUUUUAAGUUUUGAAGCAUUUUGUGACAAAGUUGACUCCCCUCCCCACUUUCACCCUUUUUAUUUUAUUCUUUUAUUUUAUUAUUUCUCUGUUCAACUUGAAAAUUGUAUCUUUAAAAUAUAGAUUGGGAGUUUUGGGUUACAGUGCAAGGAAUGUUGAACCUGUAAUAGUAUAGAGCUUUGUCACAAAGCUUUGUAUUAAUGUAUUUUUUCUUUCUUUCAUGUGUCUUUGGGAAAAACAAGCAAAUUCAGAACUAUAUCUUGUUUCUACUUAAAUGUAGUGAUUAGGGUUAUUUUUUUGUACGGAAGUCUCUAAUGGUGGGUGCAUGUUAUUGGGAACAGGUUUUGUACAAAAAAGCAUAAAAUUAAGAAUCACUGUGCAUUACUAAGACUGUGUUUUAACACUGGCCUUCUGUUUCCAGAACACAAGGCUACUGGGUUGAACCAGACAAUAUGUAUUUUGAUUUACUUAAAAGAAAAGUGCUUGUAAAUUUCUUAGGGGCCUGCCACUUUUGACUGUGGAUCAGUUGAUGUACACUUGUAUUAUUAAAGCACUCAAUAAAAACACUGUGGCUGAUAACA